AUAUAAAUGGUUGAAGAAUGAUGACUUGGCUUUUAAUAGACGAGCGUUUGACAUAUUAAUUGAUCACUUGUUCUUUAGCAGGACUUGGUGUCUCUGCUGAGUCUCAUCACCGUUUUUUCUUUAUUUCUGAGAAAAAAUCGGCAAGAUGGAUGACAACCAGGGCACCAAGCAAUGGCCCCAAUACCUGGCUACAAUAACAGCGACAUUGUCAGUGGCAAUAGCUGGAUGUCAUAUCGGUUGGACAUCUCCAAGUCUUCCUUACCUGAAAUCUGAUGAGUCUCAUAUUUCAAUGACAUCAGAUGAUGCUUCUUGGAUAGCAUCUUUUUUCUUAUUGGGUUCAAUGUUGGGUAAUCUUGCAGCAGCAGCGAUAGUUGACAGAUUUGGUCGAAAAGUUAGUCUAUUAGUAUCUGGAAUACCUCUAACUAUCGGCUGGAUCUUAAUCAUCAUCGCAUGGAACCCAUACGUUCUUUAUAUUUCUCGCUUUGUAAGUGGACUUGGUCAAGGAAUAGUUUACGUAGUUUGUCCAAUGUACAUUGGUGAAAUAGCAGACAAGAAGAUUAGAGGAGCUUUAGGAUCAUUUAUUAAACUAAUGGUUACGUUCGGAGAACUUUACGCCCAUGCUAUUGGACCAUUUGUAAACUACCACAACUUGGCUUACUCCUGUGUGAUCAUCCCAGUUUUAUUCUUCGCUAGCUUCAUUUGGACACCUGAAUCUCCUUACUAUCUUAUCAUGAAAGGUGACCAAGAAGGAGCGAUUAAAAGUUUGUCGUCUUUGCGAAGAUACAAGAGCAAGGAUCGUCUUCAAAACGACUUGGAUGAAAUGACUAAGACUGUCUAUACGGAUAUGAAAAAUCGAGGUCAUUUCUGGGAUCUUUUUCGAUCUGAAGGUAAUCGUAAAGCUAUGAUUAUAAUCUUUGGGCUCCAAGUAGUGCUCCAAUUCUCAGGACUAGCAGCUAUAGAAUCGUAUACUCAAGAAAUCAUAGCAGGAAGUGAGUCUGGAUUAAAUCCAGGUGUUGCUGUUAUUAUUUUAAGUCUUUUUCAAUUUGUUGCUGGUCUCGGUGCUGCUGCUUUAGUUGAUAAAGCUGGCAGAAGAUCUUUAUUGUUAAGUACAACAUCUCUUUGUGGCAUUGCUCUUUCAAUUUCUUGUAUUUUCUACCUCAUGAAACUCCAAUUUAAAUAUUAUAUGUCCGAUGUCGGUUGGAUACUCGAUGCUUCCAUCAUCUCUUACGAGCUUAUUUGUGCAUUAGGAUUAAAUCCAUUACCUUACAUGAUGAUGGGAGAAUUAUUCCCUACAAAUGUCAAAGGUGUUGCUGUAUCUUUAUCCAAUAUCUGGGCAUCAUUUUUAGCUUUUUUUGUCGCUAAAAUGUAUCAGGUUGUCACUGAUACCUGUGGAAUCUAUGCGUCACUUGCUUGGUUUGCAAGUUCUUGUUUCUUUGGCAUUGGAUUCAUUUAUUUCUUUGUUCCCGAAACUAACGGCAAGUCUUUGGCUGAGAUUCAGGAGGAAUUAAAUCGUGGAAAGAAAAAGAACAAUAUCGAUAAAGUUUUCCACGAAAUUUAUGUUAAAACUAUUGAAUGUUAAAAUCUAACAAAUAUGAGAAGCUAUUAGAAUAGGACCCUUGUGAAUAAUUUAGUACAUAUUAUGCAAAGAAAAAUGUUUAACUUUCAAGUUCAUUCCAGCUGAGUCAAAUAAGAAUAUUUUGUUGUUUCUAAAAAUAGAAGUAAUCUUCAAGUUACGAAAUGUUCAUGUUUUAUCGUAAGAUAAACAAAACAGCCUUCAGGUUCAUUUGGGAGUUAUCUAUGUUGAUUUUAGCGAAUUCCGUUGUUAAUAUUUUUUCAAAGACUAUUCCUAUUUGGAUUAGAUUUCAACGUUGAAUAUUCUUAAAGUUAUACUUAAAGUACUAAGUUUUUUUAACAUGUAGAUAAUUGUAAAUACUACAAAAGGACAAUUACUACAGUUUAUUUUACCAUUUUUAAUUUUUCUUAACUUGAGGUAAAAUGGAGUAUUUGUUUGAGGGAAGCUAUAAGAUUUUAAAAAAUAUUUACAGAUUAUUCUCUCAUAUUUUUGAUACUCUUUAAGUAUACAAUAAAAUUUAUAGUUUCUUUUUAGAGCAAUUCUAUUUAGCCUCAGGUUCUAUAACUAUUUUUAUCGAAAAAUUAUCACCAACAUAAAUCUUAUCUAAAUUAUUGAACGAAUAAUCAUUCAAAUUAAUUAAUUUAUUAUUCUUUAGAAUAAUCUGAGGGAUUAAGUAUCCAAUUUAGCUGAUGUUAUCAAAAUAAUGUAAUUGAUGUUUGAAUAACUUGAAAAAAUAUCUAGAAGUUUCGUCGCGAUUAAGGUAUUUUUAGAAUGCAAGGAAAAACAACAAAAAUAUUUUAUUUUUACUUGAUAAACAGUUCUUUCAUCAAUGAAUUUGUCAGAAUUUGUUUAAGAUUUAAAAACACUUAGCUGUUGAAAUGAAAAAUGAACUUGAAUAAUUUUAUAAUCAUUCAUCAUUGAUUAUAAUUGACGAAAAAAAUGCGAAGCAUCAUGGGUCCGAAAGAUAUGAAAUGCUGAGCACUUUUGCAUGACCAUCCUCUCAUCCCUUUAAGGCAGGGUGUAAGAAUUUAUUGAGACUGAUAGUUUAUAUUAAUCGUUAAGUUAUUUAUUUUGUCAUCUUCAAUAUCCCUUUAAGGCAGGGUGCAACUGACUGACAAAUCUUUAACGAUUAACAACAAUGUACGUUAAUGAUUGGCCCCUGGUGCAAUAAGAAAAUUAUAAAAAGCCAAAUAUUUUUUUGUUAUAAUCUUAUACUUUUUAAUUAAUUUUUAAAUAAUUUUUUUUAUAACUUUAUGUACAAUUGCAUGACUCUCUACUAUUAUCCCUUUGAAGCAGGGUGAAAGAAUGAUAUUUUGAAAUGAAAUUUCAUUUUUUAUAUUAAGUAGAAGUUUGCAAUCAUAAUUGAUAUGUAAAUAAACGAUAAAUAAAUUUAAUUAGUAAUUAAGUAAUAGGGUUUGGGCGUUUGACAAUAUUUUUUCAACAAGAUUCGACAACUAUUGAUGUAUAUUCUUGCAUUAUAAUAAUCAUUAUAUAUUAUACAAUAAAUAUUA